AAGUUUCUGGUGGGCGGAGCAUCUAGUAAUCCCUUUAAUUUCCAAACUGGGUUUCAACUUCCUUUUGGAGCAACUGCUUUCCUGCUCUAAUCACAACUUUUAGCAGAAGAGAAGCUGGCAUAGUCUGAGCAGUGUCGGCUGUUUAAUGUGUCCCUAAGGAUCCUCAAAAUGAGAUUUCUAGCAGCGAUUGUUUGGCUUGUGUGGUGGACUGUUUGUGUUGCAGAAGAUUGUAAAGGACCUCCUCCAAGAAAACAAAUUGAAAUUUUGUCAGGUGUCUGGCCUGAACAAAACUAUCCAGAGGGAACUAAGGCUGUAUAUAAAUGCAGACCUGGAUACAUAACUCUUGGAUCUAUUACAAUGGAAUGCAGGAAUGGAGAAUGGGUGGCUCGUAAUCCAUUGAAGAUAUGUGAGAAAAGGCCCUGUGGACAUCCUGGAGAUACUCCUUAUGGUACUUUUCAACUUGUAAGAGGAGAAAAAUUUGAAUAUGGUGCAAAGGUUGUUUACACAUGUAAUGAGGGGUAUCAAAUGCUAGGUAGGAUCAAUUUCCGUGAGUGUGAAUCUGAUGGAUGGACCAAUGAUAUUCCUAUAUGUGAAGUUGUUAAGUGUUUGCCAGUGACACAUCCAGAGAAUGGGAAAUUUACCAGUAGUGCAUUGGAACUAGACCAGGAAUACACUUUUGGACAAGUGGUACGGUUUGCGUGCGAUUCAGGCUUCACACUUGUUGGGCCUGCAGAAUUACAUUGCUCAACAAAUGGUGCUUGGAGUGGAGAAAUCCCGAAAUGUAUGGAAAUUUCAUGCCAAAAGCCAGAAAUUCCAAAUGGAAGUGCUGCAUCUCCGAAGAAAACUUACAAGGAAAAUGAACGAUUUCAAUAUACAUGUCAAAAGGGUUAUGAAUACAGUAAUAAAGGAGAUGCUAUAUGCACUGCACUGGGAUGGACUCCAAGUCCUUCAUGUAAAGAAUUCAUAUGUCCUUCUCCUCAUAUUAAAAAUGGUGACUAUACACCCAAAGGCAUCACAUACAGAAGUGGAGAUGAAAUCAUAUAUCAUUGUAAAACUGGCUUUUAUCCUUCAAACCAAGGAAAAAGGGCAAAAUGUACUAAAUCUAGAUGGGAACCUGAGCCAAGAUGUGAGAAACGUUGUGAAUAUCCAGAAAUAAAACAUGGAAUACUACACAAUGAAUAUAGCUAUAGAAGAGAUUUUCCAGUACCUGUAGGAAAAAAAUAUUCCUUUUCCUGUCAUCAAGAUUUUGUGACAGAUACAAAACAGAAUAGGGGAUAUAUUCAUUGCACACAAGAAGGAUGGUCACCAGCAGUACCAUGCCGCAGAAAAUGUAUUUUCAAUAAUUUGAUAUAUGGAGAGCGGCCAUAUCCAACAAAAAUAUAUUUACAAGGUGAAUCUUUAAGAGUUAACUGCAAUUAUGGCUACAGUCUUCAAAAUGGGCAGACUGUAAUGAACUGUACAGAAAAUGGCUGGGUCCCUCCUCCUCAAUGCUAUCCUUCUG